GAGCCGGCGCGUGCGCAACACGCGUCCGUUAUUCAAAUCCCCAGUCCGAUGCGAUCGCGAACGCGACGUUUUGUCCCCUAGUCUUUUUUGUUUCUACAUUUUGUUUAGAUGGAAGUAUUGAGGACACACCUCAUUGUAACAAUUCUCUCUAACAUGGUGUGAAUAUGCAUUGUUGUUAUACAAAACGAGUGUUAGUUCUACUUUCUUAAAUUCUACACGUAAUCCCUUGUGAAUGUUAAAUUAAAAAGCAACUGUAUAUUUAAUGACGGACUGAAAACUACACGAAUUCGAAUGACACUUCAACUGUGAUGAAAAAUGUAUAAACAGAAGUUACUAUUGUUGGUAUGCGCGUGCGGCGCGUUGGCAGCACUCGACGGCUACAGUCCGCAGCAGGACCCCGACCAGUUCCACAUUCAGACUGAUGAAGACGAUGAGCGGUACUUCCUCUACCAGACCCACAACGGACAGUACCGAAAGGAGAGGCGGCUGAAAGACGGCUCUGUAGUCGGUACGACAGGCUGGGUCGGUGCCGAUGGAUACCUCCGCCUUCAAGAUUACAUAGCAGAUAAUCAGGGCUACAGGAUAUACAAAUCUAAGACUGUUUUUGUUGGACAAAAUCGACCAAUUGGCGAGUCACUAAAAAUUGCAAAAACAGCACCAACGGACUCUGGUUUCGGCGUCACUCCUGCGCCUCCGCCCGCCGUGCAGCGCAACCGCGGACCUCCAAUGGGAGUGACCCGAGCGCCCUACUCUCCCUCCCCCACCCUUGCGCCUCCUUCACCUUCGUUCCCUGCUGAAGUCUCUGUCACACCCCCACCGCCCUCAUAUCCCAGUUCCACUCCGUAUCCAAGCUCCACUCCAUACUCCACAGCCUACAACCCAACGUCGACGCCCAACGUCUACGUAUCCCCCAACUCCAUAGACUCAUCUACUCCUAAAUACGACUUCAGGCCCACAGUUCCACCGAUCACGGCCAGUGAAGCUGCACCUUCAUCAAGCCCUUACGACUACGAUUCAUCAAAUACCAACACCCUUGACGAUGGCUACUACGCUAGCGACAGCACCCCCUAUAGACGCUAUGACGUUUUCAAUCCUAAUUCGUACAGACAUGCUGACGCCUGGCUUCAAAGACAGAGACAAAACGUCAGAAUAGGAGAUGGAUACACGCCUCAAUUCCCCGGUUACGACGGCGUAGCCUUUAGACGAAACGGGUUCCGGUACUACCUACCCAAACAAUACCAUGAAGAAGAAACAAAUGAAGGAAAUGAAAAAACUGGUAGCUUUGGCUACGUUGAUCCCUUCGGAAUACGCCGAGUUAUAUAUUACAAUACGGCACCAGGCGAAGGGUUCCAAAUUCGCAAAAACAACAGAUAUGUUGGCCACGAUGCAACCCCUUAUGACCCUCGACCUGUGAACUGACAAGGUCACCCAUACUUAUUGUAGGAAACAUUGAGUUACCUAAUUAAUUUAUUUAUUGAUCAGUAUUUCUAGUUCAUUCAAUUUGUGUAAGCAUAGGAGACAAAACGACUUAUUCUAAUCGAACGAAGCGAACUUCUUAGCCAUUAUUUUGAUCUAAGUAUAGCGAAUACGAGAUAUUGAAUCCUUAUUUAAUAUCAAAUAUUAUUAUUAAGUUAACUUAACAUUGCAUCAAUCCCAGUGCCAUUGCGCAGUUACAUAUGAUUUAGUUAAAAUAAAGAUUAAAAUUUAAGCCAUAGACUUAUUGUACAUAAGCUCAUGUAUAUGAAUGAUUAUCCUGAAGUUUCUUUGGUGAAUUGACAAUAGUUCUAAAACUUUACCGUUAAUUCAUUCAACUAUUAUAAAUCUUAUUUUAUGAGACUCAAAUAAGGAAACUGGUUUUUACAAAGUUUUAAAACAAGGGGGAAGUCAUUGAACUUUUCAAUAUCACUAAAUGAUCUCCUUAAAAUGGUGCGCGUAGGUGCUAAGAACCACUAAAGCCUUUUCAGGUAGGAAACAAAAUUGGAUAAAAUAACGAGUUACGGUUAAACAUGAAUAGUAAUGAUGACGUUUGUACAUUUAUGUAAAAUGAAUCAAUAAGUAUAGAGUGUUUUAAAAUUUUAAAAAUGUUUAACUUCUUAAAUUAUAUUAACAGUUCGCCUUAAAAGAGUGCCUGGAAAACUGUCUACUUUAUCUUCAGGUGCAUUUUUCCUAACGUCACUGCGAAUAACUUGCCAUUUGAAAUCGUCGUGAUGACGAUUGUGACUGUAAUGUCAACUUGUUGCAGUGACUAUUUCAA